AUCAAAAAGAUUUAUUAUUAAAAUUUGCAGAAUUAUUUGGAUAUUUACAACCAGAUUUUGAAAUUGGGUACAAUACUGAAAGUUAUGAUUGGAAUUUUGUACUUCAAAAAUCAAUCAUAUUGGAAAUUGAAAAACAAUUUGUCAAUAAUUUAUUAAAUAAAAAAAAAUCUGCAAUAAAAUAUUAUAUUAGAGAAAUAACAGUACAAGUUGUUGAUAAAGAUAUUGAAGAGAAAAUGCAAAAAUAUGAAUUUGCAGAAAUCAAUAUUAAUAAUAAAAAGAUAAAAGUAAAUCCAAUAGAAAAUAGAACAUGUAAAUAUUUUCAUUUACCAAGAACUGUUUUUUUAGAUUUAUUAAUAUGGGAACAGAAAACAUUUUUAACUGCAUUGAGUAAUACACUAAAUAAUGUUUUAGUUCGAUGUGGAUUAUCUGGAAAAAUUGAUCUACCAUAUGUUCCAGAUGAAGAAACAAAAGAUUUAGAUU